CGGGUUGUUUUUAUAAUCUUAUAAUAGGAAACACUAGAUAGAUUUUACUAUAUGCGUGAUAUUUCCAAUAUUUGAACCGAGUUACUCCUUCUCACCAGUUAGGUGUACUACCUGCGAAUAAAUGAAAAUAAAUGUGCAUUUUUUUAUUUUUUUUUUAGAUGUCAUGCAAAAAUAAAUAAAUAAAUAAAUAAAUAAAAACUAAAAGAGGAUUUUAUUCAGUUACACUCAGAAUUGUUCUGUAUAGAAACAAACUAACGAUUCGCGUAUAAGCGUUCACGUCUAGGUUUAUUCACGAGCAAACAAACCACACCUCGUUCGGUGAUCUUACUGCUCAGAACUUUCUCCCUGCACAGCUGCUGACGCACCUCACUGCUGCACUACCGUAGCUCCAGUGCUGCUGGAAACGUUGUAGCUUUCCAUAAAUGUAACUCUGGGGUCUGAAACAACUCUGACUGCAACACGUCACGUUCUACCAAGGGAGCAUUGUGUGAGGAAGAGGAGGAUUUGGGGUAUGAAUGAAUUUGCUGUGCAGACGUCUUUGCCGCCUGGUGCGGUGUUACAUAACGCUCUUGCCCGUUGGCUCUGAGGAGCGGUGUGUUCUCUCCAUGCUGCCAUCAUUACGCCAACAGUCAAAAAAAAAAAAAGAUAAUUGGACUGUGGCUCGAGUUCUGCUGAGACUUCCAGAGCUUGUGUAUUGUUCGAUGGGAUGAGACAUUGUCCUAUUUAAACCUGCUACACCGGGCUCCUGUCAGAGCAUGUGAACUCUUUGCACUUUACAUCAUUAUAAAGCGCUGUCAAGCCAAAUUAAUAGACUGUGUUCAGCUUUCCUUCUUGUUCAAUCAUAGCAGACUGCAACCAGCACAGGAAGGACUGGAAAAUGAGGGAAAUGUGUUGGCAGCGUAAACAACGUGGCAUUUGAAAUGCAUCAAGGCCUUGCUAAAAGGUCAAAGUCCACUACCCCAGUUGGGAACAAUUGAUUUUUUUUUUUUACACGUUAGAUUUACUACAUAUCUUCUCACAACCAGCUCUUUUUCAUGUAGAACACAGUAUAAUGCUCUUUUUAAGCAUGAGGCCUCACUUAGCGGCAACAAAUAUUUGUCCUUCAGCAUUUUGACAUAUGAUUUAGUCUUUGGGUGUGUGCACAUCUGGCUCAUUUAGAGCAUUCGCUUCGGAACCCGGUGCAUUUUUUUCUCGUGGUUUUUGGUUCGUUUGGAGAUAUACGAGCACGGCAAUCGCGCUCGGAUCCGCACCCAAACACUCGGCCUCGGUGUGGUCUCAGCCCAAUUGCGAAUGAACUCCGGAGCGGUCGGCUUGUGGUGAGAAAGCGAUCCGACGCCCGACGGACCCACCUACGUAGCAGUGCGUGAUAGGAACUGCGUUGCGUAAACAGCGUGUGUGUUUCAAUAGUGGCUCGGAACAUGAAUUGCGGUUUAACUUGGACCGGAGACGAGGGAAAACGCCUCACUGAUAUUUGGUCUGACGGACAUAUUUCUGAACAGCUUUCAAAAACGCAUAACGGCGCCGAGGUUUACACGGUGUUUAGCGAGCGUCUCAAGGAGACGGGCUUUAAUCGCUCCGUGGAACAUCAAUUCCUACUCAGACUGAUUGAUUACAAUAACUACGGCUAAAAAGAAUGUCACAGUAAGUUCACGGAGCUGCCGUCUAUCCAUCUCGACGGAUGACCGCUAUGUGCGGAACAGCGAAACAUAAACAGGCGCACUCCGGCCAAUGAGAGGACGGUUUACUCGCGUGUGACUUGCAUAGCAUGAACACAUUUUGGCAGCGUUUUUCUCCUCAGGAUUAAGAGAAGUCGUCGUUUUGCCUGCGAUCGUCUCUGCUUACUCGCCAUGGAGCGGAUGGAGCUGAAGAAAGUGAGCCCCGAGGUGGACGACGACAGCAACGACAGCCUGGACGAGUGCUACCCCAGACCCAUCGACUCCGAGAAGGCCACCAUGAACAGCCAGUUCCUUGAUGAAGAGGAUGCCGAGAGUCAGAAGUUUCUCACAAAUGGAAUAGUGAAGAAGAAGAAGUUUGAGGAGUAUCAUGAAGAAUAUCACCCAGGUCAUACGUCUUUCGGGAUGUCUGUGUUUAACCUCAGUAACGCCAUCAUGGGAAGUGGGAUCCUGGGCCUCUCUUUCGCCAUGGCCAACACUGGAAUCAUCCUCUUUUUUGUUCUUCUCUUCGCUGUUGCCAUUCUGUCACUCUACUCUAUUCACCUGCUGCUUGUGACAGCUAAAGAAGGAGGCUCCCUUAUCUAUGAAAAGCUGGGUGAAAGGGCGUUCGGCUGGCCGGGGAAAAUGGCGGCGUUUGGGUCUAUAAUCAUGCAGAAUAUUGGAGCCAUGUCCAGCUACCUGUUCAUAGUGAAAUACGAGCUGCCGGAGGUCAUCCGAGCCUUCCUGAGACUCGAGGAGAAUUCUGGGGAGUGGUAUCUGAACGGGAAUUACCUGGUCGUGUUCGUGUCUGCUGGAGUCAUCCUACCCCUGGCCCUGCUCAAGAACCUGGGAUACCUGGGCUACACCAGUGGCUUCUCUCUCUCCUGUAUGGUCUUCUUCCUGGGCGUGCUGAUUUAUAAGAAGACCCAGCUCCCUUGUCCUCUGCCGUUCUUCUUCCACCACUCGGCCAAUACGAGUCUAAACGGGUCGGAGCUGAUGAAUCCGUAUGCGUCGCUUAACAGCUCGGCUCUGAUGGAGUUCUCUCGCGCAGACCUGAGCGGCAUUCACCCGGAUCCCCGUUCUACCGCCGUACCCGUCUCUGGCGUCCACUACACCUCUCACCCGGACGACCACGAGGACAUGUGCACACCCAAAUACUUUGUGUUCAACUCCCAGACUUCAUAUACUAUUCCUAUUCUGGCGUUUGCCUUCGUGUGUCACCCGGAAAUCCUUCCCAUUUACAGCGAGCUCAAAGAUCGCAGUCGGAGGAAAAUGCAAAACGUUUCCAACCUGUCGAUUCUGGCCAUGCUGAUCAUGUACAUGCUGUCAGCGCUGUUUGGCUACCUCACGUUCUAUGAUAAUGUGGAGGCAGAGCUGCUGCACACCUUUACCAAGGUUUAUAAGUUUGACACCAUGCUUCUGUGUGUGCGUCUCGCCGUGCUGACAGCUGUAACGCUCACCGUUCCCAUCGUCCUCUUCCCUAUUCGCUCUUCUAUCACCACGCUGCUGUUUGCCGGGCGAGAAUUCAGCUGGAUCCGGCACAUCCUCAUUGCCGCCUGCAUCUUGGCUUUCAACAACAUUCUCGUCAUCUGCGUCCCAACAAUCAGAGAUAUUUUCGGCUUUAUAGGCGCCUCUGCUGCCACCAUGCUUAUCUUCAUCCUACCUGCUGCCUUCUACCUGCGCCUGGUCAAGAGCGUCCCGUUCAGAUCCACCCAGAAGAUAUCGGCAGUCAUUUUCCUGAUAGUGGGCAUCAUCUUCAUGAUUGGCAGCUUGUCUCUCAUCAUUCUUGACUGGAUCCACAAUCCUCCUGGAUCUGGAGGCGGCCACUAAACGCGCCAAAAAUGCGGAACCGAGGGUUAUUAUAAGCAAUGGCACAUUGCUGAAGGACACCCUCUCAGCGUUACAAACGGACAUUCAGCUGACGUGAUCUCUUUUUCUCUCUAUGUCUUAACGUUCUCCCAACGUCAUCGUACGUCGUCUUUUAACACCGAACAUGCCGCGCUCUUAGCGGAUGUAGUCGUGAAACUCCAGCCGUGUGGACGGCGUCGGCGUUCAGCUCUAGGAGAUUUGGAAAAGAGAGAGAAAGAGACGCAAAAUUAAGAGUCUGAUCUGGCUGCCUCGGACCCCGCAGAAGAAAAGGCUGCCGCGGUGCUUCAGGAGGUCAUUCUCAUGAUGGCUGAGGAGCCCUUCUGUAUUGCGUUUUAACAUUUUUAUGUAUGUUCACAGAUGGGCGCGAAUGACACAAACACACGUUAACAACACUGGUUUUUAGGGGGAUUUUUUUUUUCCACUGGCACCAAUAGAUGAUUGUAAGCAACACAGAGAAAUUUGUUUUUUAGUCUCUUUUUAAAAAAAAAAAAAAAAACAACAUUGCAUUUUUGCUUGUUGUAUAUGUAAAUAGUACGAUAGUCAUCUGAUCAAAUAGCAUUAAUUGUAGUUUUUCAUGGUUUUAAGGGAAAUGUAAAAAAAAAAAAAAAAAAGAUUCCCCACUAAUACGAUGUUCAUGCUGGUGCACGCGCCCAGGACUCGGGUCGAGUGCGUUGCAAUUGCCUUUUAUUGCGUUCACUCUGUAAUGCACGAACGAAACCUCUGCAGAUGACCUCUGUGCAAGAUGAUGUGAAAUUAUUCAAUUACAGCAAACCAAAAGUAAGGCCUUGGGGAUCUUUUCCCUAAACGCUGAGCGUGAAUCCUAAACGCGCGGCUUCAUUCCAGCUCCGAAACUGCCACAUCACACAAGCGACGCAUGAAAAUAGAACAACUGGCUCUGACCUUUUUUUGGCGUUAGGUGAAAUCUGAGAGCUUGAUGCCAGAACUUCAUCGUAUUAGUCAUCAGGUACUAUGUGAGUAGUAGUACCGGUACUAGUAUUAAACAUGUGCUUACGAUUCACUAAUGCUAUUGCUGUGUUGAGGAGAACCCACAGUGAGGGAGUAAACACCGUCAGAGCAGGUUAGAAGAAAGCCUCGGCGUUUUGCGCAGUACCGUACAGCUAAUGCAACGGCAGCCGUGAACCGCCCGUGUGUUUACGCUGGAGUAAUUUGCUGCGUUGGUGGUACUGCUGGUAGGGUUAUGCUGUGAAUCAGCGCAGCUUUCACCUCAACACCGAAUCCUUAUUCUGUUAUCCCUAUCAUAGUAUUCCCAAAUAUUGAAAAGAUUGUAAACGGCUCGAGUGCGCCACGCCGUCGCACCGCGGUAAAGGUUUAUUCGUCAUGUCCGAGUGGAGUCGUGUCCUCGUUGGGUGCAGAGACCAUUAGACAAAGCAAACACUGCUGAUUUGCUAUUUUGUGCAGAAUUUAAAAAAAAAAAAUACACUAAAAAAAAAAAACAUUUUUAUUGAUGUUCCUAUCCCUCCAAAGUGGACAGUAUUUAUAGAUCAUUUGUUGAUCUACGUAGACAGAGACAGAUAUUUCAAAUGAAAUGGUAUAUUUUGUGCAUGUUUUGGAUCAUGGUCUUUUUUGACAGUUGUAUAGUCUUUGUAAAUAAUCUGCUAUAAGGUACGCUUAACGAUUUACUGAUACCAUUUUACUAUUAUGUAUUUUAGUACUAUUAGUUAGUCAACUAGCUUCCUUCCUUCCUUCCUUCCUUUCCUUUCCUUCCGUCCUUCCUUCUUUCCUUCCGUCCUUCCUUCCUUCCUUCGUUCCUUCCUUCUUUCCUUCCGUCCUUCCUUCUUUCCUUCCGUCCUUCCUUCUUUCCUUCCAUCCUUCCUUCUUUCCUUCCAUCCUUCGUUCCUUCUUUCCUUCCUUCGUUCGUUCGUUCCUUCCUUCCUUCCUUCGUUCGUUCGUUCGUUCCUUCCUUCCUUCCUUCCUUCUCUCCUUCCGUCCUUCCUUCUUUCCUUCCGUCCUUCCUUCUUUCCUUCCAUCCUUCCUUCUUUCCUUCCAUCCUUCGUUCCUUCUUUCCUUCCUUCGUUCGUUCGUUCCUUCCUUCCUUCCUUCGUUCGUUCGUUCCUUCCUUCCUUCCUUCCUUCUCUCCUUCCGUCCUUCCUUCUUUCCUUCCAUCCUUCCUUCUUUCCUUCCAUCCUUCGUUCCUUCUUUCCUUCCUUCGUUCCUUCUUUCCUUCCUUCCUUCCUUCGUUCGUUCCUUCCUUCCUUUAUUCCUUCCGUCCUUCCUUCGUUCCUUCCUUCCUUCCUUUCUUUACGUGCUUGCUUUGUAAAUUUUGUGAGGGACAAAACAAUAUUGUAUUUCUAUUACGUAGUGUCCUGUUGGCUGUUUUUAUCAAUGAACAAAAAAAAAAACUGAAGUGUUUUUUUUUUUUUUAAUGCUACUUGUUUGUCAGUUUGUCAUGAUGGUACAUAACAGAACCUGGAUGGUUGUAUUGCAUACGGCUGAAGGUCAUCUCUUUACUCAUGUUUGUACACUUUUUUUCUACGAUAAUGCCUUGGUGUAUCGUGGGGCAGGGUCCAGUCCACCUAUAAAACGGCAGAUAAACACUGAUUCUUUUGUGCACACUGUUACAGGCUGUAGUCGCUCGUGUUUUGCACGCUUACGUGUGCGCUCAGUGUCUGAUAUCAGUGUCAUGCUGGAUGGGCUUUAGCUCUGUGCCUUGACCUUCCCUCAGGUAUUUUAAAGUUGGAUCAGUUUCAUUUGUGGAGGGGUCCCAUACUGAUUUUCCCUAAUACCUCAGAAUGAUUUUUUUGUGGAUAUUUAUUGCUGUACUUUUUGAUUUGAUUUUCAAAAAGUGCCGAUCAUGACACAGAAAGCUCUGCACGUCUCUAGAAGCCCCUCCACCGAUGAAGCUCAACGACACAGCUAGAGCUCUACUUGUCUCUUCAACUGCUCUACCUACAGAGUGCCAUCUGACUCACAAGGAGCAGUCGCAUGCGAUUGGCUGAGCCGGCUCUGCUUCCCGUGGAUCAACCAUACGUGAUUUGCGUAUUUACUGUGUCAAAGUUGUUUUGUAUCAUUGAAGCGGUUUCAAUAUUAUGUAAUAUAAAAAUAAAAAAUGAGAAACCAA